ACUUUCUCUCUCUUCAACAUCUCCAUUGCUUGCGCAUACGUAACGAAUUUGCGCUCGAACAGACCACCGCAAAAUGACGCAAGGCGCAGCAAACAACUUUGCGCAAUUCAUGGUGGUGGGCCCAACAUGUUUUUUCCUCGGAAUCCUGUUCGCACAGCUUCCAUACGACUAUAAUGUCCUAUGGACCACACCUACAGAUCACGCAACCUACUUUGACAUUCUGGAAUCGCACAUCAAAUUCCUCUACGCCUCUCCGCCGAUCGUCUCGCGCAUCCUCAACUUAGUCAUUGGUACCGGCCUGCUCGGUUUCCUCAUUAAGCUCUUCAAGCUCAACCAGGCCAACAUGCUCUUCGACGGCGCAUCGCUCGUGCUCUAUAUGGCGGGCAUUACUGUGUACCUGACAAAUAUUGUCAAGGGUUUUAGAGUCGUGACAGCAGGCAUAUACGGUGACCUAGAAAAGGCCGCGCCGGGGGAGGUGACUGAAGAGGAUAUGGGUGACUACAUCUCAAGAGACGAUACGCUGAGGGUUUUCGCGGCGAGCAACACCAUCCUUUCGCUAGUGCUUGUGGGCGUCCUGGUGCUACAGGCAGGACAGUGGUAUGCUAAGAGGGCCGAAGAGAAGGAGAUUCAAGAGUUUGAGCGCUUGGCUGAGGAGAAGAAGGGUGCGGGAAAGAAGAAGCAGUAGAGCUAGGAAAUACUGCAACCAAGUAGGGCUUGUGGGUAGCCGUUUCCCCUUGGCCUAGGCUUAAGUAGGCUUACUAUCCAAUCUUGCUUCAUGGGUAAUGUUCGAGAUUUGGAAUGAGCUGGCAUGCUUGAUACACAUAUUAGCCCCUAUGGCAAAAGCACUGUAACCUCGCUGUACCUCGAUUUUUACGAGUUUGUGGUUGCGACUUUAUUGCCCACUAAUCUAUCUUUCCCCUGUUCAACAUGCGCUUCACGACAACGGCCCAAAAACCAGGGGGAAAUAAGAUGAUUCAGCGGUUUGCAGUCAGGUCGGGUAGUGCCUUUCUUUAAUCACAAUCAUAACAAAAUCCUCCUUCCUAGUCAUUGCA